AUGUCAUUUAUUCCAGCAGAGGCCCAAGCUAGUUUGGCCGAGUUAGUUACUUAUUUGGCCUCUGCCGACAAUGCAUUGAGAUCGAAGGCUGAGCAAACCCUUGAUUCAGAAUGGUCACUGGGUAAAGAAAUUGAGAUGCUUCUCUUAUAUUUGGCUGAAGCCGCCUGUACCUCGACGGACCAGACAAUACAAGCGUUUUGUGCCGUCUUGUUUAGAAGGGUUGCAAUCAAGUCACCAAAAGAAUGGUCCAAUGUGACUGAUAGAACUAUAGACGUGAUAAGUGAGCCUGUUCGCCAACAGAUACGUUCGACGUUAUUGAAUGGAUUCCUCUCUGUGAAAAGCAAGCAAAUACGCCACAAAUUGGCCGAUGCAAUCUCUGAAGUUGCCAAAGAGGACUCGUCACCGGCUGGAACUUGGAAUGAUCUUCUUCCAUCUUUAAUUGAAGCUACGAGACACAGCGAUGCCAGUUAUCGUGAGUCCGCAUUUCGUGUCUUUUCAAAUGCUCCAGAACUUAUCGGUAAAGAAAAUCAUGAGGCAAUACUCCCUGUUUUCAAUGCUGGUUUUGCAGAUGAAGAUGACGACGUCUGUGUUGCGGCUUGUACUGCCUUCGUUGCCUUCUUUCGCGAGCUUCCUCGCAAGACCUAUGCAUCACAUGCUCCGUUGUUACCAAACCUUAUGAAUUCAUUACCUCGUUUCCUACAGAAUGGUAAAGACUUUGCAUUGUCGUCUAUCUUGGCUUCCCUUAUCGAUCUUGUUGAAUUGGCUCCAAAAAUGUUCAAAGAUAUGUUCCCCACCAUUAUUGAGUUUUGCGCUGCCGUGGCUAGAAACAAAGAUUUGGAUUCAAGCGCAAGAAUGGGAGCCCUUGAAUUGCUAACAACAUUCUCUGAAGUUUCUCCUGCCAUGUGCAAGAAGACUCCCACGUUUACCAAUACCAUGGUCGAGAUAACGUUGCUCAUGUUGACAGAGGUCUGUAUAGACGAUGAUGAUGCCGCUGAAUGGAACAACAGCUCCGAUCUCGACGAUGGAGAAUUGGAGCCAGAGUAUGACGCAGCUCGUCAAGCCUUAGAUCGAGUAUCUUUGAAACUCAAUGGAAUGGCCAUCGCAACUCCCUUAUUCAAUUAUUUGCACAUAUGCUAA